AUGCGAUUUCAGGGGGCUCUAUCCGGGUUGAAUGUGCAGACACUUAAUGACCUCAAACGAGAAGCUGAGCAAUCACGCAAAGCCCUUGAAGAUGUUGUCGAUUCCACACGAAAGAUGGAGAAACACAUGUCUGAUGUCGAGGAUCGCGAUUGUCUCAACACACUAAAAGCCACGGAUCCUCAGCUCGAUAAACAACGCAUCGAGAAGUUUAAGGGGGGCCUCCUCAAGGAUUCGUAUCAUUGGGUGAUUGAAAACCAAGACUUCAAGAGGUGGUUGGAUGCCAGCUCUGGAGAACUACUUUGGAUCAAAGGGGACCCUGGUAAGGGAAAAACGAUGUUGCUCUGUGGAAUCAUCGAUGAGCUCCCACAGCUAGCUGCACCUGACAACAACAUUGCGUUCUUCUUUUGUCAAGCUACCGUGGAAACCCUUAAUAAUUCCACCGCAGUUCUUCGAGGUCUAAUUUCCAUGAUGGUGAAACAGCAGCCUUCUCUGAUGAGCCAUCUUUCUGAGGGUUCCUUCGACGGCCAUAAUGCGUGGUUCGCGUUGCAGAAUACUUUAACGAACAUCCUCAACGACCCAACAUUGCAGCCAACAUGUAUAGGCUAA